UGAAAGGGUUGGCGAGGCGCUGUCUCCAUUUUGUUGGCAUUUGAGGCGUCUGCGACGUUGUGGAGAUGGGGAGCGUUUUGGGGCUGUGCUCCAUGGCGAGCUGGAUACCAUGUUUGUGUGGCAGUGCUCCUUGUUUGCUGUGCCGAUGCUGUCCUAGUGGAAACAACUCCACUGUAACUAGGCUGAUCUAUGCAUUUUUCUUGUUUGUUGGAGUGUGUGUAGCUUGUGUAAUGCUAAUACCGGGAAUGGAAGAGCAACUGAAUAAGAUUCCUGGAUUUUGUGAGAAUGAAAAAGGUGUCGUCCCUUGUAAUAUUCUGGUUGGCUACAAAGCUGUAUACCGUUUGUGCUUUGGCUUGGCUAUGUUCUAUCUUCUCCUCUCUCUGUUAAUGAUCAAAGUGAAGAGCAGCAGCGAUCCUAGAGCUGCAGUGCACAAUGGAUUCUGGUUCUUUAAAUUUGCUGCAGCAAUAGCAAUUAUUAUUGGGGCUUUCUUCAUUCCAGAAGGAACUUUUACAACUGUGUGGUUUUAUGUAGGCAUGGCAGGUGCCUUUUGCUUCAUCCUCAUACAGCUAGUCUUACUUAUUGAUUUUGCCCAUUCCUGGAAUGAAUCAUGGGUUGAAAAAAUGGAAGAAGGAAACUCAAGAUGUUGGUAUGCAGCUUUGUUAUCAGCUACAGCUCUGAAUUAUCUGCUGUCUUUAGUUGCUAUCGUCUUGUUCUUUGUUUACUAUACUCAUCCAGCCAGUUGUUCAGAAAAUAAGGCCUUCAUCAGUGUCAACAUGCUCCUCUGCCUUGGUGCUUCUGUAAUGUCUAUACUGCCAAAAAUCCAAGAAUCACAACCAAGAUCUGGUUUGUUACAGUCUUCAGUAAUUACAGUCUACACAAUGUACUUGACAUGGUCUGCUAUGACCAAUGAACCAGAAACAAAUUGCAACCCAAGUCUACUGAGCAUAAUUGGAUACAACACAACAAGAACUGUCCCAAAGGAGGGACAAUCCGUCCAGUGGUGGCAUGCUCAAGGAAUUAUAGGACUAAUCCUCUUUUUAUUGUGUGUGUUUUAUUCAAGCAUCCGUACUUCAAACAAUAGUCAGGUUAAUAAACUGACUCUAACAAGUGAUGAAUCAACAUUAAUAGAAGAUGGUGGAGCCAGAACUGAUGGAUCACUUGAGGAUGGAGAUGAUGUUCACCGAGCUGUAGAUAAUGAAAGGGAUGGUGUCACUUACAGUUACUCCUUCUUCCACUUCAUGCUUUUCCUGGCUUCCCUUUAUAUCAUGAUGACCCUUACCAACUGGUACAGGUAUGAGCCUUCUCGUGAGAUGAAAAGUCAGUGGACAGCUGUCUGGGUGAAAAUCUCUUCUAGUUGGAUCGGCCUUGUACUGUAUGUCUGGACACUGGUGGCACCACUUGUUCUUACAAAUCGUGAUUUUGACUGAAUGUCUGGCAUGAGAGUCCCAGUUUGAUCACUGCUUAUUUGAGGUUAACAGUAUUUCCAGUUUUUGUAAAGUUGUGUAUGUGUGCGCUUCCCAUGAAACUUCUCCAGUGUUUUGGCAUGAAUUAGAUUUUACUGCUUGCCAUUUUAUUCAUUGUAUUCUUGCCAAGCGCAUUGAUAGGUGUGUUAGAAUGAAUCACAGAGGUUUUAUGAGUAUGGUGGUAAGAUAGGAAAAGUGGACAUUGUUAGGUUUAACCUGUUCCAUACAUGUGAAAAUAAUAGAUAAAAGACCUACUUGACAAUUUUUUAAAUUGUGUUACAACUUAAGCUGUCUUAGAAAGAAUAAAAGGAAGAGUAUGGCUGCCUUUUGAAAUACUUGAUGCCUUGCCCUAUGGGAGAUUGCAAAGAACCAUUUAAAAAUUAUAUAAAGUCACUUAAACAACAGUUGUCUGGAAGAUCUUUUCAGGUUUUUCCCUUGAUAUAAAGGUAGGAAACUUAAACAAGUAGGGAGUGUUUGAUAGACAGCAAGGUAGGUUAUGAUGGAGAUUGAGACAGAGACUUCAAAGAGACUCAGGUUGGUGGUAGGUACUAAAUAGAAUACUCAAUUAGGUUAAAUCUUCCUUGAGGAGGGAUCGCCCUUCCAUACCAACACAGUGAACUUUGUUUUGGUCAUUAUAAACAUGCAAAAGUAUGGGCUUAAUGGAGAUCUUAGGAACUAUGAAGGAUUUAGACAAAGGUUUUGAAAAGGAUAAUCAUGAAUGAGAAGGAAGUUGUUGAAAAUCACUUUCAAAGUUUGUUUUGAAAAUCAAAGGUGGUAAACUUUUGACAGGACAGCAAGAAACUGCAAAAUACUAGGCUUCAGUACUUAGACAAAAUCCAGUCCAGUCCUCCCGUUUUAAAAAUGAAGCAACUGAAGCGGACUUAAAACACCUCAGGUAGCUAAUUAGUGGCAAAGCUGGCAGUGCGAAGUCUGACAUUCUUUCUGGCAUUCAAAACUGAUUUCUUCAGAGUAUGUGCAAAGUGGACUUUACACCUGAGCAGUGGUGGGCAGUUUAUGUGAUGUGGAUGGCCGGUACCCAGCUUGCCUUCUGCCUGUAAACCGAGAUCAUGAGAGUGAUGGAAUGCUGUAGAAUAAACUCCUGCUUAUAAUAUACUAUACAGUUCAAAAGAUGUUUAAAAUGCUCUUGUAUAUGCUGCCAUCUAAUUAAUAUAUAUAGGUUAUAAUCUUAAAAAUAAAACAGUAUAACAGCUAAUUAGAAACUCUUAGUUACUUGUGUCAUUUAGUGGUGUCUUAGUCUUAAAAGUCUACCUUUGCUUUUAAUGUAUUUAUUAAUUUAAAUGAAAUGUAACAACUUAAUUCCCCCACUUUUUUCUGUGUUGAUAUUGUGUUCCAUGAUUUGAAUGACUGUAUUCUCUCUAAAUAAAUGAAUUCAGAGGAA